UUACGAGUAUUAUGAUUGAAAUUAGGCAUUGUUCGAGCGAAUGAAUGAAUCUCCCUAAUGGAAACAAAUGAAUUAAGCGGCGACAGGAAAAUGUGAAUCAAGCAAAAUGAAUAAAAUUACCAUUAUUAAGCGGCAAUUGAUGUCGCUCUGAUUAUCAUAAUUAAAUUCGUUUUGAUUUAAAAGCCUAAACUCACGCGGCAAACAAUAGCAGGAAACUAGCACCGCAUUGUGCAAUCCAAGGUUUAAAUGUGAUUUAAAAUUGUGACAAAACAGAACCCGCAACGAUGAUGAUAGCUAUGAGAGCGGCCCCAGCAGCAGCAUCAUCAUCAUCAGUGGACCAGUGCAAAAACCAGCAGCCUCGCGAGACAAACAUGAUUUUAUGAUAAAGUGACCAGGAGCCACUAGCAACUAGCAACUAAAAGCGACGACACCCCAGCAUUACCAGAACAAUGUCAGACAAGAAAGAUGCCACCGCUGGCUUACCUGACCAAGUGACGAGUCGGACCACGCCUCAGGCCGGUCUAACGCCUUUGCGCCACAGCCAGCUCUCGGACAGCGGAGCGGAGAGCUGCUACGAAGGUGAUGAGCAGGCGCGACUCAUACGUUCGCCCUCGGCGCGGGCCCACAAGUUCAUCAUUAUACCGGCCACGCCGGGAACCCCACCUGCCGGCACCUCAGCGGGUCCAACGCCCUUCCGGCAGGCCAGCUCCACCACCUCGCUGGCGGCUAUGGCGGCGUCUUUUCAAAAGCAGCAGCCGCCUUACAACCGACAGACAUCGGUAAAGUCACGGCCCAGCUCGGAAGUACUGCAACCGCAACAGCAUCAGAUGAUUAUGCAGCAGCAGCAGCAGCAACAGCUGCAGGCACCGCCUCCCGGAGAAGGUGGCUCCACCUCCACGGUGACCUUUACCAUAGACGACUGCGAUGGCCAGCCGCCGGCUCCUUUGCCACCCAUCUCGCCCACGCCGGCAACCCUGACCUGUACCACCACCACUACCAUGGCCGGAGAUGGGGUGGCCGUCUCGCCGCUCAGCAUGGAGCUGCGCUCGCGCAUCGGCAGCCACCACAGCAGCAUGCGAUCCGUGGUCUCAGGUUACCUGCCCGGCCUGAGUGACAGCAGCAACAACCUGGUCGGAGGCCUGCCGAUGGCCACUUCCGGCUUACAGGCACCGCAUCCGCUCUAUAUGCAACCGCAGGCCUCGCUGAGCGGCAGUUCCUAUCAGUUUCACGACCUGGCCGCCAACCAGAUCUACUCCGAUGUGACAUCCGUACGCUCGCUGGCCUCCAUUGGCAUUGGCUCGACGGACGGGCGCAAGCUGGUCAUCCGGCGAGUCCCGACCACGGCCAACGAGCUAUUCGACAUGGUCAAUCCACAGACGCCGCCGCCCUUGGGCAUUGAUGACGAUGACAGCUACCUGGACAUGUCCGAUGAGGCCGCCCACUUGAAGCCACGCCAGCAGCACUGGGCCAACAAGAUGCAGUUCGUGCUGGCCUGCAUUGGAUACUCGGUGGGCCUGGGCAAUGUCUGGCGGUUUCCCUACAUGUGCUAUAAGAGUGGCGGUGGUGUUUUUCUAGUACCUUAUUGCAUAAUACUGUUCAUAUGCAGCAUUCCACUGCUGUUUAUGGAGCUUUCUGUCGGCCAAUACACUGGCCGAGGACCCAUCGGUGCGCUGGGCCAGCUGUGUCCUCUGUUUAAAGGAGCCGGACUGGCCAGUGUGGUGGUAUCGUUCCUCAUGUCCACCUACUACAGCGUCAUCAUUGGCUACUCCAUUUACUAUUUCUUUACGUCCUUCAAAACGGAGAUGCCCUGGAUUGACUGCAACAAUAGAUGGAACACGCCGGACUGUUGGGUGCCACAACGCAGAGAAAACAAUUCCACGGCGCCAGACACCUCACGCACUCCCUCCGAGGAGUUCUUUGAAAACAAAGUCCUGCAGAUUAGCGGAGGUCUGGAGUAUCCUGGCAUGAUGCGCUGGGAGCUGUUCGCCUGUCUGAUCUGCGCCUGGCUGAUGGUUUACUUCGCCACCUGGAAGUCCAUCAAGUCGUCGGCCAAGGUGCGUUACUUCACCGCCACCUUUCCCUUUGUCCUCAUCAUCAUUCUGAUGGGUCGGGCCGUCACCCUGGAUGGGGCCGCCGAGGGACUCCGCUUCUUCUUCCGGCCCAAGUGGUCCGAACUAAAGAACGCCAAUGUGUGGAUCAAUGCUGCCUCGCAGAACUUCAACUCACUGGGCAUCACCUUCGGCUCGAUGAUCUCUUUUGCCAGCUACAAUAAGUACAACAACAACAUCCUGCGCGACACGGUGGCCGUGAGUGCGGUGAACAUGAUCACCAGCCUGCUGGUGGGGAUCUUUGCGUUUUCCACGCUGGGGAAUCUGGCCCUGGAGCAGAACACCAAUGUUCGCGAUGUCAUCGGUGAUGGUCCGGGCAUGAUCUUUGUGGUAUAUCCUCAGGCCAUGGCCAAGAUGCCGUAUGCCCAGCUCUGGGCGGUCAUGUUCUUCUUCAUGCUGCUCUGCCUGGGCUUGAACUCACAGUUUGCCAUCGUGGAAGUGGUGGUCACUUCGAUACAGGACGGCUUUCCACGUUGGAUUAAGCGGCAUCUGGGGUAUCAUGAGAUCGUGGUGCUGUUUGUGUGCGUCAUCUCCUGCCUGUUCGGCAUGCCGAACAUCAUACAGGGCGGCAUCUACUACUUCCAGCUGAUGGAUCACUAUGCCGCCUCCGUGACGAUCAUGUUCCUGGCCUUCUGCCAAAUGAUCGCCAUAGCGUGGUUCUACGGCACAGGACGACUCUCGAAGAAUGUCAAGCAGAUGACGGGCAAGGCGCCAUCGCUCUAUCUCAAGUCCUGCUGGCUUGUCCUGGGACCCUGUCUGCUCUUUGCCAUCUGGGUUCUCAGCCUGAUCAACUACCACGAGCCCACCUACCACAAUGGACGCUACACGUAUCCCGACUGGGCCUACGGCAUUGGCUGGAUGUUUGCCUCCUUCUCGCUGAUCUGCAUACCUGGCUAUGCGCUGAUCAACUUCCUGCGAGCCAGCGGCGACACCUUCUGGGAACGCAUCCGAAACACCCUGCGACCAAACAUUUACGAGUGCAAAAUAUGCGGCGAACACCACUGCGAACACGACUUUCCCGAGCAGGAGCAAUUCAUGCUGGCACAGGAGCUGGCCACUGUGUAUAAGCCAACCACUAGCCAUCUGCUCCAUUUGGGCCAGAAGCCCGGCUACAAUGCCAUGCACGCCUCGGCCGGCCCCGCGGAGCCCUCAUAUCAUCAGACUAAGCAUCAUCCGGACGCUGGUGACCAGUAGCUGCUCUUGGUGGUUCCGUGUUCCAAUGCUAGCAAUAUCUGAGUAUUUUUAACGAAUAAUCUUUGUAAUUUAACAUCAGCAGAAAUUGAAUUAUUUAAAUAAAUUGUAGAAACAGA